AGGGGGAGGCCCGUCGGAAUGGCUGAACGAACUCCUGAGUCAGUACGCGUAGAGACUCCACGGGGAGCACUUGCUGUCUAAUGUCAGUCAACCUUCUGUCUCAUUGUCAUUCCCCUUUUUCUCGUGAAACCAGUCGUUUUUUUUUUGUCAAAAUUUUUUUAUUAUUUUUAUUAAUUAACAUAACAGUGCUGUGCCACGAGUAUUAAUUACGACACCGGAAGUCACUUGCAAUAUCGUGUAAUGAUGUCGUAUGAUUAUCCGCAUCCGGUUUCGAGGACUUAUCAAUACAAAAAGAUAACGAAGCCGCUUCUCGAGAGAAAAAGACGCGCACGAAUUAAUCGAUGUCUGGAAGAACUGAAAGAUCUAAUGGUCGAUGCCUUAGAGACUGAAGGAGAGAACAUUAGUAAACUGGAGAAAGCCGAUAUUUUGGAAUUGACGGUUCGUCAUUUGCAACGACUCCAAGCUUCGAGACCUUCAGGAUUGUCUAUUUCUGCAUGUCCAAAUGAAGAUUCAUCUGCCGAAAGUAAAUGGGAAUCUGGAUUUGGUCACUGUGCUUCAGAAGCUUGCAGAUUUCUGUCAUCACUUCCGGGAGAAGCUGCAGACAGACUUGCCAGACAUCUUGCGAGUGGUCUUCAAUCACCAAGACCCAAUAAUGGACAGGACGUUUCAAGAGCAGCUCUCGUAUCCCCCACGCUUAAAAACUUGGAGAGAACCGCUAAUGUAAUUGCACCUUGUCAGUCCCCCAAUUCUUCAAUCGAAACCGGUACAUCAGUUAUUAUCGAAAAAAGAUCACUGUCUCCGAAUGAAAAAAACCAGUAUCUUCCCACUUCAGAAACGAAUGGUCAUUUUGAAUCUCUCAAAUCACCUUACUUGAGACCACAAACAACCUUAAAUUCCGAAAAUCUCCGAUCAUCGAUUGUAAAUCGAAAUUCGGAUUUAAUUUCCAAAAAUUGUGAUUUCAAAUCUGAUGAUCUUUACCAAAAAAAUUCGAGAACGAGAAUUGAUAAUUCCGAAUCGAUUAUUGAUGACGAGGAAGAAAUUGAUGUUGUCCGAAUCGACGAUCCUAGCGAUCCUAUGUGGAGGCCUUGGUAAUACAGUUUUUUAUUUCUACGAUUGAUGAUUAAGUUUUUCUAAAGAUGCAGUUAAAAAUUUUUACUCAGCGUUGCAAAGUAUUUUGAUUAUUAUCAUAAUUAUUAAUUAAUUAAUUAAUCCUUAAUUGAUUUUAGAAAAUACUGAACUAUUGGAUAAGUAAUGAUCAUGUUAAUUAGUUAAUAAGGGGCCAUACUUAAACUACGUAUAUUUAAAAAUGUUUAAUUUAUUAUGUUAGUUUUAACAACGAAGUUUCUUUUUUACUAUA